ACUUCAAAUCAGUCGCGCUUCGACCUUCGCCGCGGGUGUGCUUCGCGCGCGUCGCUCUCUCCCCUCCUCGCUCCACGGCCGUUUUCGUACGCGCGGACGUCGUUCUCGCUCCAUCGUCGUUCGCGAUCGCGAGGUGACGAGCGUCGGAGACGCGAGUCCGGUGUCGCGCCGCGUUCGUGCUACUCCUUGGGGAUUUUGCGUCUCUCUUUCGCGCCGGGUCUCGGGAGUGCCGGGAUACCGCCAUUGCCGCGAGUUGCAUCGCCGACGGGCGGUCGUGACGCGCGUCGCCCAGGGAUCAUCUCGCCGGUGGAUGCUGCGGUGCUGCUCGUCGCACGUCCCCGCGGCUGCCGAGAAGUCUACAGUCUCAAGGACCGCCUGAUCGAAUAGCUGCGUGUGGAGUAGAUAGCUUCGAGGACUUUGAAAUAGACAUGUGCGUCGAGGAUCAACCGGACGUUGUUCGCCAAUGACGCAGGCAACGGUGAGCAGGUGACAACGAGGACCGUGACGCACGCAGCCAACAAUCGACUGAAAAUGGCCAAAAGCGCCGAGAGAUUACCCGGUACUUCUACCAGACUUAGGACCAGGGACGACGGCUGCUGUUCCGUGAAUUUCUUGAAAUACGUUCUUCACAUUUACAACGUGGUGUUGUUUUUGUCCGGACUGGUUGUGGGUGGCAUCGGUAUCUGGACGGUGGCGGCGAAGCACAGCUACGUGUCCCUGAUGUCCACGUCGACGUAUCCCACUUUGGCCUACGCCCUGAUCGUCGCAGGUGUGCUGGCCGUCAUCGGUAGCUGGCUCGGAUGCGGCGGCGUAACUUCUGAAAAUCGAUGUGUCCUCCUCGUGUACGUCUUCGUGGUGAUGGCGGUGCUCGUGCUGGAGGCCGGGGUCGGCGCGCUGGCGCGCCUCUACGAGGAGCAGGUCGGCCCCGAAUUGAAGAUGAAUCUGAACCGCACCUUCCUCGAGAACUAUGCCGUGCGAUCCCGGGAGACCGCGGCCAUCGACCAGAUGCAGAGAGAGUUCAAAUGCUGCGGUGCCUUGAGAUUCGAGGACUGGCUCGUGAGCGAGUGGCAUAAGGACGAGGAGGUCCUCAGGAACGGCAGCGUCGUACCUGACAGCUGCUGCAAGACGCCGACGUUACUUUGCGGGAAAAGGGAUCAUCCCUCCAAUAUUCAGUACACGGGCUGCAUUUAUAAGUUCCUGGAGACGACGAAGGACCAUUUGAUAAUCUUGGGCGCCGUCGGACUGGGCCUGUCGGUCCUCGAGCUCUUCGGCAUCGUUCUCGGGUCCUGCCUGUAUAUAAAGCUCAGGCACGACUUUGACGACUGAGAAUUACUUCAAUGCCCCGAGGGCAACAACAACGGCCAGUCGUGGUGCAGAUACAUGCAGAGCAAUCCGGAGACCAUUUGAUCGUCGGAGUAGGGGCGGGAAGACGGGCGAUUACAGCCGCGGGACCACGCGGAUGAAAGGGAACCAUCCUCGGCCGCGGACCCUCGUUUACCGCUCCCUCCCCCCGACGCAUUCAGAAGGGUAUCAACAAGUGAAAAUGGAGGUAGCGAUGAAGAAGCGGCGCCGUCUACGCCGCUCGUUGCCUCGCUCCCCGCGAACUUUGCGCGAAUUACGUGAUCACGGACAAUCAAAGGGGGGGUAAAAACACAUAAAUUGUGGAAGUCGAUCCGACGUCGUCUCGGGUCGCGGUUCGAAGGCAGAAAGGUGCUUCUAAUCGUUGAAUACUUGCGCAACGGAGUUGGGUUUAAAGCUCGCGCGCAUUGCCGAUGAUAUUAAGUCCUCUCGGAGACGGCGCCAUUAUAGAAUGUUAUAAGAAAAAAGAAACUGCGAAAUGUAACACGAAGAUUGCUCUUGAAAUCGAUCGGCUUUGUUCGUGCCUUCAUAAUGAUUCAUUUCUCAAUGGUGCCGUCUUUAUUGCUGUCGUUCCGAAACUUUCAAGGGCAAUGCCGGCAGCUUUUAAAUCCGGCUUUAGUGCCUUCUCGAACAGCGUUCCCACGCGAGAAAUUACGAAGAUGCGAACAGUUUUGAUAAAUAAGAGUGCGUGGGCGCACUUGCGGUUACGCAGGACCAGUAUAAUUAUCUCGAGUAUGUAUCUAAGGUCUUUCGCGAUCGUCCGCGCGAGACUCUCACGACUAGCCGAAGCUGUUAGCUCUCGCUGUCAAUGGUGUUGAAUAUUUUCUGUGGUACUUUUCCCCCGAACGGAAACGAGCCUGGAUCCUUUUUUAUAGCGCAUCGUCAGUCCACGUUGACGUUAAUUACAAGAGCUCUAAUCUCCCUCGCCGAACGCAAUAUUUUAUCAAGCUCGGCGAGAUUUCGCACGUGCGGAGGGGCGCUGACUCCGCUCGAUACUGCCAUUUGCAAAUUUGCACAAUUUUCAAUCGCGAUCCAAGUAACGAUCGUGUCGUUUUACGGAGCCAUGACAAAAGAAAGGAAAAAUCUUUCGCGUCGAGGGAGAAGCCACGUCUGACCGUCUGGCUUCUCCCGCGUAACAAAAAGAUCUGAUCGAGUCGAGUAAUGUCGAUUUUCCUGCAAUCGGAUCGCGCGUCAUCGAGUUUUAGUUGCGCCUCUUGAGUUCUUUCCCUCGCCUCGCAUCGAUGGAUAAAUAAUCGGAGGAACCACCUGUGCUGUAAACACGAUGACGGAUCGAUCUGUAUCCGGCAGCGAAGACAGGGCGGAAAUCGACUUGAUAGAACUGUAAACAGUGCCUUGAAGAUAUUGUUAAGCUCAGAGAUAUUUUAGAGUACGCGUAAAAAGAAAUAAAAGAAAAGAAAGAAAUGACGUCGCGGCGGUGUAAAUUAUUAAAGAGGAACCAGCGGAGAAAGAAAAGGAGAGACUUUAGCGUGUAACAAAUUUUACACAUACGCACGCACACACACGCACACACACGCGCACACACACACGAGCAGCAUGUAUAUAUCCGUUGCUUCGCAAACGAGUACAAGCCUUUGCACAUUAUUUAUGAUAAACGCUUUCAUCCGCCGUCGGAAACGGGAGCGCGCCGCUCGAAUCGGCAAUUGCGAGCCGCAGAAAUUUUCCCGCCGAUCUAUGCACCGAUUGUCCCACCCUCCUCGCACCUCCCUUAUAUUGUAUCCCGCACGUUUUGCGAAUUUUGAUACGCAAGUUAUUUCGCCGAUCGUUGACAAUUACAGCCUCGCAAUUGCGGAUUCCACCGGAUGUUCUCGCGCUCGAGAAAGUCCAAACAUAUUUUACUACUGUACCAUUGCGUCAUGUUAUUUUAAUCUUAAUAUUAUCGUCCUCACUUUGCUAUUAUGUACACAUAUAUUAUCGACUAGCGUUUAGGCGGACUUUAUACAUAUUGUACAUAUCAAACGCUAUUCUGUUACAAAUAAAUGUUUAAAUCGUA